AUGGCCGCCCAGGUGGACCACUCGAACCCCGUCACGCUCUCGCGCUUCAUCUUGGGCGAAAAGGAGAUCCAGGGCAACGCCGACCUCAGCGUGCUCUUCACGUCCAUUGAACUCGCGUGCAAAGUCAUUGCCAGCGCCGUGCGCCGCGCGGGUCUCACGGGACUCUACGGCCUCGACGGCUCGGAGAACGCCACGGGCGACCAAGUGAAGAAACUCGACGUGCUGUCGAACGACAUUUUCAUCAACUCGCUCAAGUUCUCGACCAAGAUCGAGGUGAUGGUCUCGGAGGAAGAAGAGGAGCCGAUCCUUGUUGAACAUGCGACGCAAGGCACGAAGUACUGCAUCGCCUUUGACCCGCUCGAUGGGUCUUCGAACAUUGACUGCAACGUGUCUACGGGCACGAUCUUUGCUAUCUACCACCGGGACGCCUCGUCCGAGGGAGGCUACAAGGAUAUUCUGCAGCCCGGUAGCAAGCUGGUGUCUGCGGGAUACUGCAUGUAUGGAAGCUCGACACAGUUGGUGCUGACGUGGGGCAAGGGCGUGCAUUGCUUUACGCUGGACCCUACGAUUGGCGCCUUUAUGCUGUCGCAGACCAACAUUCGCAUCCCGGACGAACCCAAGACCAUUUACUCCUGUAACGAAGGGAACUAUGCCCACUGGGACCGCGCGACCAAGGCGUUUGUGGACGGGUGCAAGACUAAGACGAAUCCGUAUGCAGCCCGUUAUGUUGGCAGUAUGGUGUCGGAUAUCCACCGCACUAUUCUGUAUGGCGGCAUUUAUCUUUACCCGGGAAGCGAGAAGAGCAAAGACGGCAAACUGCGUCUAUUGUACGAGUGCAACCCCAUGUCCUUCAUCAUGGAACAGGCAGGAGGUAUGGCGACCACCGGUACGGAGAGAAUUCUCGAUCUGAUCCCUUCGCACAUCCAUCAGCGUUCGCCGAUCUUUCUGGGGUGCAAGCGUGACGUCCAGCGGGUCAUCGACCUGUACAAGGAGCAUAGCGAAGCUUGA